GUCAGAGUAGAAGCUGAGUCAAAGUAGAGGAGCCCGAGGCAGGACAGCAAGCGCCGUGUCACUGCGGGGAACAGGCGCUGCCUUCUCAUCUGCGUAUGGCUGUACCUCUGGAUACUGACAGGAUUACACCUGAAUGAAUACAACAUACUCAUGGAUUAGUGGAUUUCUAUGCGUUCUUAGUCUGUUGCUUUACAUCGACCCUUUUCUUUUUUUUUUUUUUUAAUAGAGCCCACAAAGCUCUAGACGCUACUCUUGUUGAUUUUUAGUGUCAUCCACUCUGCCUUUAUGCAUUGCCAGUCCAAAUUUUACGCACUUGUUCCGUUUUCCUACCUUGAUUGUAUGAUUGAAUCCACACCGGUGAGCCCCAUACCACCCACGUAAAAUGUCUAAGGAUUACAGGCAGUCAUCUGAGACCCUGCUCCAUGGAGAAUUUGGAGUCUACCCUUCCAAAGGUAUCCGCUAUGCACUAAGUCUAACACCUACAGGCCUCCACAUCCAGAGGCUCGUCCCGAAACCUGAGGAUGACCAGCGUACAGUACUACCCAUCCUUGACAUGGUGGGAUGUCACACCAUGCGCAGUCGUGGCUCCGAUGAGAUUUUUGCCUACUUUUCAAUCUAUUCCUAUCCAUUGAAGAAGAAGAAAGUUGCAAUGGGUUCAACACGCACACGCCAAAGGUUGGUCCGCACGUUUCGGGUGGAUGAGGCUUCAGAUUAUGAGCACAACCAAGUGAUCGCUGAAAAAUGGGCAACGGCAAUAAAGUGUCUUAUUCAAGGAGUGCCAAUCUCAAGUGACACAGAGAUUUCUCCGACUCUCCAGCCCAAACCCCGGCGUUUAAUGCUGUUAUUGAACCCAUGCGGUGGACGAGGCAAUGCCUUGCAGCAGUGUCACACACACAUCUUGCCCAUCAUUACUGAAGCCGACAUCAGCUAUAACCUUAUACAAACAGAAAGACAGAAUCAUGCCCGAGAGCUGGUGCAGAGUAUUAAUUUAGAGGAGUGGGAUGGUAUUGUAGUCAUCUCCGGAGAUGGGCUUCUCUUUGAGGUCGUUAAUGGUUUAAUGGAACGACCUGAUUGGGAGGAUGCAAUAAAGAUGCCUGUUGGAAUUCUUCCCUGUGGCUCAGGAAAUGCCUUGGCGGGAGCAAUCAACUACAAUGCAGGGUUUGACCAGGCAAUGGGAUCUGAGCUGCUACUUAACUGUAUCUUGCUGCUGUGCCGUGGUACUGUUAUGCCUAUGGACCUCGUGUCUGUGACAACCUGCUCGGGAGCUCGCUUUUUCUCAUUUUUGAGUGUUGCUUGGGGCUUCAUAUCUGAUGUAGACAUAGAAAGCGAAAAGUAUAGGCACAUGGGAUCGGCACGUUUCACUGUAGGGACCAUGGUUAGGGUUGCUUCACUGCGCACUUACAGAGGCCGGCUCUCUUAUCUCCCGGUGCUGGAUGCUCACCGUCCCAUCUGCAGAAGUAUCACCUUAUCUCCUAAUGGGAAUCUUUCUCCACUGAAAAGGUCUCAGCUGCACAGAACCAUUUCAGACAUGGGUCUCUGUGAGGAGCGUAAUGUCAUGUACAAGCGAAGCUCAGCUGCAUUCGAGACAGGUGAGCUGCCGAGCUUUGAGACGUCACCUUCUCCCGGUUCGCCAACCGCACUGCACACGUCUAGGUUCACAUUUGAUUCUUUUUCUGGUGACCAACUGCAGCAAGAUCUUUCGGUGCCAAAUGACAAAGAGCCUCCAACGCAUAAUCAUGUGAACGGACCCGAGGAUGAUCUCUUGCCGCCCUUGAAUCAACCUGUGCCCAAGUCUUGGGUCACUGUAGAAGAGGAUUUUGUUCUAGUUUUGGGUAUAUAUCAGACUCACCUCGGGGCUGACUUAUUCACAGCGCCAUUUUCCUGCCUCGAUGAUGGUUUAAUACAUUUAUUCUUUGUUAAAGCUGGAAUCUCUCGGACAGCCCUUGUGCGCCUCUUUUUGGCUAUGGAAAAAGGAACGCACGUUGGGAUUGAGUGUCCGUACAUUGUGCAUGUCCCCGUUCGAGCUUUCCGUCUAGAGCCCCUCACACGAAAGGGGAUUCUGACUGUGGAUGGUGAGAGGGUGGAGUACGGUCCAAUUCAGGCACAGAUACACCAGGGACUUUCAAACAUUAUCAGCGGAUGUGACAGAAUUCGAAUGACCUCUUUCUAAGGUUUGCUUAGCUCCACGUAGUUUUGUGCAAUGCAGAGUUUCCUCCAGCUUUGCUUCUCAUUGAAAUUCAAGUGCAAGUACAGGGCUAGAAACAAUAGCUUCAUUUAAUUUGUGGCAUGUGCCUACUCAUGGUGCUAGUCACCAGCUUCCAUAUGUUCUUUCUGUGUCUAUUUUAUACUGUAAAUCUGCUAGAAUAACACUUUAGGCAAGCUAUAUUUUUUUGAAACUGCACUUGGAGCUGGAAGCGUCAUAUGAGUCGAAUAAGCUUUCAGCUAAUGCAUGGUCUGAAUGAGUCUGCUUUGGCCUAAUGCCCAUUUCACGGCUCUGGGUCUUCUGUGUGUCUGUGGCAUGGAUUUUGAGCGCUUUCUUUGAGCCUUUUCAAAUGUAUUUAAAAGCAAUAGUGUUUAGUAUGUACAGAGGCAAUCUGGCUGUUGGCUUUCAGCAAUAGCUUGUAGGCCUAGAUGAAGUCAACCUCCAAUAGCACUCCUCACCUCCCAGAUGAAUGUGUUUGUCAGCAAUAACCUGCACAUGAAGAAUAGAACUGCAAAUGAAUCCAUAAGGGAAAACCUACACUGAACAUACACAAGUACUGUAUGCAAACUUAUUUCUGGAGACCUUAUCUAGACUGUUCUGACAGCUGAUGAGGGACCUUUUUGCUGCUAAUAUGGCUUUAAGAGCCAUACCUACAGACAUGAUCACUGAUUCCCAUUAAAGGGGUUUUGCCAUCUUAUAAAGUUAUAACAUAUUACUAGAAUGUGCCAUCAUUUUAUAAUCGAUGGGAGUCUGACCUUUGGGGCCCUCGCCAAUCCUUAGAAUGAAGGGUUGCAGUUCUGUGCUUCUCCCCUUCUACGUUGUCCUUGCACAGUGGUGCUCCUGGCCAUUUGGCUAUGCACAGAACUGCAGUACCUCCACCAGUAAUAAACAGGAUCCAUCAGGCACUGCCACCUCUCCGGUAAGUCCACGAAUAAGAAGGAUAAAAUAAUUUAUUAAAACAUACUAUGGCUUUUAAAGUUGACCUGACCUAUUUUAAUACCUGAGGAAGAGUUGAUAUUGGGCUGGAAAACGAGAUUAUAAAGUCAUGGCAGCCUUUAUGAGAUGGGCUUACCCCUUCAACGAGGUUGUCCAGCCAUUUAAAGUUUUGAAAGGCAGUGGAACUGCAGUACCCAGGCAUGGCCGCUACACAGUGUACAGAGCUGUGGUGGGGUGAUGCACAAACGGAUAAUCAAUGAAGAAGAUCUCCAACUAAAUGUCUAGUCAGCAGUUUCCUGUCAUUCCCCCCUCCCCAACUGAUUUCCAUUUGCCGCGGGGACUGGCCCAAGAUUAUGAUGGUUGCAGAUAGACCAUUUUCUUUGAGAAGAUAACUUUCUAAGAGAUGCAAACAUUUUUAUAUCUACUCUCUUUUAUGUAUGUAUGUGUUUUCUAUGGCCUUCUUAUCUUUCAUGCCUUAGUCAAGGGAGGAUAUGAGCUGAUGAUAUGUCAGAAUGUUCCUGACUUUCCUUCUGGUACACUUCUCCAGCUCUGGUAGACCCCUCAAUCAUUGCUUAUACUGACUGCUAUUAUUCCAGCUAGGGGGUUCAUGUUUUUGAGGGUAGUUCCUUGUGAUUUUUACAGGAUCUGUCAACAGUUUAAUGUGUGUCGAGACUGCUCGAUGGUCCUUACAUUUUGUUACCCCCUGCAGUAUCUACCGCACUGAUAACCUUUUCCUUCCCCUAUUUUGUACUGCUAUACAAGUUUCAAUAGGUGUUGUAUGCAUACCGUUACACUAAUUUUAAUGAUCAAACUAGAAGGAGAUUUUCCCCCUGUUGCGACUAAGUGCCCCUUGUGAAUGUUCGCACUAGGAAGGUUAUAGAGCUUCACAUUUCUUAAAAGGGCUUUCCUAAAGUUGAGUAUUGAUGGCCUUACCUCAGGAUAAGUCAUCAGUAUUUGAUCGGGGAGAAUCCCACUUCUGGCAACCCCAAUGAUCACCCGUUUGAAGAGGCCUCUUGCUUGGCCAGUGACAUCCCGUUCAUUGGUCACAUGGCCUAUUUGCAGCUCAGUCCCAUUCAAGUAAAUGCCUUCAAUACCAAGCAUAGCCACUGUACAAUGUAUGGCGCAGUGCUUGGUAUGUUGUGAGGAGGUUGUGGCACUCUGGUUCAAACAGGUAAUCAGCUGGAGCUCCAGGAGUCGGAUCCCCACCAAUGGGAUAUUGAUAAUGUAUCUUGAGGAUAGGUCAUCAAUACUCCCGGAAAACUCCUUUAAGGGCACAGUAAACAUAGAACAUGGACAAACAAAAUACUUCUUUCCUUAAUCUCACCCUUUCCCUUGCUCCUAUUUUGGCUCAUAUUACAAUUGAUGCUGAGAAAUAUAUAUCUUCUCUAUGUGUCCCAGGAGAUCAGCCAUGUGACCCUCUUCCUCAUUGUCUAGUGCCUGGCUGUAGGCAGCUGGCUUCAGGAGGAACCUCCUACCCUGUCUGCAGUAGAACAGAAAGAUUGUUCUGGCCCACCACUGCAGCCAGCUAUCAGCCAAAAAUGGAACAGAUCAGCAGAUUAACCCCUUUUCUGCAGCAUUUCUACAAGACUGUUUCAGGAACAUGCAGAAAAUGCUGCAGACUGAUGGGGGGCGAGACAACAUCCAUUGCUAGGUUUAGUCUGCUCCAGUCUUGUUUUGUUGCCCAUUGUAUGGACAUGCAUAAGUUGGGGUCAUUUAUCAAACUGGUGUAA